UUUUCUCUCUCGGAAGGUCUCGGGUUGCAGGUUGGGUUUUUACUUUCGAACUUAGGCUUAGGGCAGUUUACUGUGCAAACAACGCAGAAAUUUAAAGCGUAUUAAUACGAAAACGACACUAAAUUAAGCAGACACGGACUUUGUUGAUGAUGGCUACCGAGCGGUAUGACAUUGUCAUUUUUGGUGCCAGUGGGUUCACCGGUCAGUUUGUGGUCGAAGAAGUAGCCCGGGUGGCCCCGACAGAGAGACUGACAUGGGCGGUGUCAGGUCGGUCCAUGGAGAAAAUCCAAAAGGUCCUCAGCAAAGCUUCAAAAAGGACAGGCAAUGAUUUGGAGUCGACUCCCAUUAUAAUAGCUGACACAUCCAGUGAUGAGUCACUACUGCAGAUGGCAAAGCAAGCCAAACUUGUUCUGAAUUGUGUGGGCCCUUAUCGUUUCUAUGGCGAGCAGGUGGUGAGAGCCUGUGUAGAGGGGGGAGCCCACCAUCUGGAUAUCAGCGGGGAACCAGCCUAUAUUGAGAAAAUGCAGUUGAAAUACAAUGGAGAAGCGGAGAAGAGUGGAGUGUUUGUGAUCAGUGCUUGUGGCUUUGACAGCAUCCCUGCAGAGUCGGGAAUUCUCCACGCCAAGCAAAAAUUCCAAGGUGAGAUCAACACCGUUGAAAGUUACCUUGAACUGCAUGCUGGUCCCCACGGAAUGGCAGUCAACAACGGCACGCUGGAAUCUGCCAUCUAUGGAUUCCUGAACGAGGGGGAACUGAAGUCCAUCAGGAAGUCCCUGUUCCCCGAGCCCCUCCCUCCCCCCAAGUACAAAAUUGCCAAAAGGGGGAUGCUGUUUAAGAAUGAGGUCAACAAGAAGUGGACCGCUCCAUUCCUGGGCAGUGACAAGUCCGUCGUCUAUCGGUCCCAGCGGUACAAUUUCAGUCAGAGGAAGGAGAAAGCGAUUCAGUACCAACCCUACGUGUGCUAUGACAGCAUAUUGACCGUUUUCGGCCUGCUUUGGUUUGGCCUGCUGUUUGGGAUCAUGACUAAAUUCAGCUUCACAAGGAAACUUCUCCUUCGAUAUUCUUCUUUUUUUACUGCUGGAUUGUUCAAACCUGAGGGCCCUUCCUUGAAACAGAUUGAAACCUGUAGCUUCUCCAUGACAUUUGUGUCCAAAGGCUGGAAAUCCCUCCCUGAAGGGGAACCCCAAUCCCCUCCAGACACAGUGAAAAUCACCAAGGUCACUGGUCCAGAGGUGGGAUAUGUGACCACUCCAAUCUGCAUGGUCCAGGCAGCUGUUGUUGUUUUGAAGGAGAAGGAAAAACUCCCCGGAAACGCCAUGCCUCGAGGAGCUCGGAUACAGCCCCUGCCGUGGCCGGAGGUUCUGUUCUACAGGACAGUACACAUCAGUGCUGUAGUUUACAUCACAUGGCUGGUUUACAGUGCUUCUAGAGAAUAUGACGGAGCUUUGAACAUCUACGCUUUUGAGCGGGGCUGGUGGUGGAUUGGAGCAGAUAAGGACGUGUCUAACUAUGAAUGGCACUACUUCUACAAGUGGUUCUGGGUGAUACUGCCGUUUUAUGUCGGACAUUUUGCCUUGUCAAAAAUCAUAGAGUGGAACUUUGUCUGGAUGAGGAGAUGGGUGGAUCUAGCCUACUCUGGGGGUGUUCUUCUGUAUCUGAUGGGCUGGCAGACCAUUCUGUUGUUUCUAGGUCACUGUUUGGCGAUGUACAUUGUCUCAUUUACGCGAUCUUUUUUCAUUUGCUGGAUUGCCUCUCUUUGCCUCCUCAUGACCUUGAAUAUAGAAUUCACAUACUCCCUCAUGCAAGACUGGUGCUGCAAGGAUCAGGACGGCAAGUUCUACCUGCUGGUCUACACAUUGGCCUUGACCCAUCUACGCUACUCCAGCUUCUGUCUGGAAAAGUGUCUCCCAGAGGUCAAAGGUCAAAGUCCAUCCAGAAAAGACAACGAUAAAAUAAAAUCUGACAACACUGGACCCCAGCAGAAAGAUCCCCACCAUGAGGAAGAGCCUCUGGGGACACAAGUGUGUGGGGAGGGAUUUGUAGAUUUGUUGUUCUAUGUCUUCUAUCUGCCCCUAUUUUUCACGGGGCCACUUUUGACCUUCAACUUCUUUCGAAAACAGAUGAACAGUCCAAGUUCACCUGGUUCUAAGAAGACAAGGCCACUGCUGAUUGGCGUGGCCCGAGUCCUCUUCUGGGGCAUGGCCAAUGAGUUCCUACUUCACUUCCUGUACUUCAAUGCCAUUCAGCAGAAUGGCGCCCUGAUGCAGCGACUUGACCUUUGGACCCUGGCAGGGGUGGGCUACUGGAGCGGUCAGUUCUUCAUGAAUAAGUAUACGGUCCUUUACGGGGUUCCAGCAAGUCUGGCCCGCCUAGAGAACCUGGACCCCCCGCAAGGUCCCCGAUGUGUGGCCUACAUCUACACAUACUCAGAGAUGUGGAAGUACUUUGACAGAGGGAUGUACAGUUUUAUUAAAAGGUACAUCUUUUUCCCACUGGGUGGAUCCCAGGGUGGUGUGUUGAGACAGACCGCAGCCUCUGUGGCCUGUUUUACCUUUGUGUAUCUGUGGCACGGGUCGGAGUACUAUGUGUUCCUGUGGACGCUGUUUAAUUUUGUGGGGGUGGUGCUGGAGAGGAUAGCAGCGGUCAUUCUGGACGUCCCUGUUGUUUAUAACACAGAAAGACGGUAUUUAUCCAAGGAGUGGAUUCGUCGUCUCCAUGGUUUCCUGGCUGUGCCUUUAUUCUUGAUGUCGGCCAUCACUGCGUUUUGCUUCUUUGGUGGGAGUUCUGUUGGGUUCAUCUUCUACAGCAGAUACAUCUCCUCAGGAAAUUUCCAGGCUCUGGGGACAGUCUAUGCAAUCCUCUAUUGCUGUGUGCAGUCAAGCAUGGAAAUAAAGGACAACUUGUAUACUAGUGAAAAAACAAAGGUCUCAUAAACAGGAUACCUUCUAGUUAUAUAUCAGGAGAAGAUCUCUGAUGCGAUGGAAAACAAAAACCUGAAACAAUUAAAUGUUUCCCUAAUACAUAGAGGUGUGUCCUAGCGUCAGAUGUUAAUUCUGUGAUCCAACUGCAAACGAUGGGCAAUACCUUUAUAUGCUUCAAUAUAAGUUUUGGCUGUCGUAGCAGAUAGUUAGAUGGAUGGUGGCAUCAAUGGUGCUAGUAUAAUAUAGAUUGCCUCGUUGCUCUGAAUCACCUCAUUACGAUAUAAAGUCAUUGUUGACUCCAUCAGUGGAGGCUAAUAAUGGCAAUCGGAAUCAGAAACUGUGUGUGAGUCUCAGCCCGAUGGAAGUGGAAGCCAGCCGGCGAGAGGACCGCUUUGUCUUCAUGUGUGAAGAAGAGAGCCAUGAAACUUUACAGGGUGUACACACCUGGAAAACGGACACAACACGUGAAUGUCGCCUUUAUUAUAAUGAUAUCCACCUUUUCUCCAGAGACAUCAUGUGAAAGCAAUAUUAAAUUAUUGAUUGCUAGUUUAAGUGUUUUGCUAUACAUGUUGUCGGUCUGAUGAUAAAAGGCGAGGAUCCAUUAACAAAAACAUAGUUUUUGCGUGACCAUUUCAUUCAGCUGUCUCUGGUUGUUCAAAUAGUAAUUUUCUUAUCAAUUUCAAGAAGUAAUUUAAGAAAAGUAUCCAUGAUCAUAUAUUUUUAGAUGUAUAUACGUUGGUAAAUUUACAUAUAUAAAAUAUAAUUGGAAAAAAUUGAUUGUGUGACGCAUGGUAACAUUCAAUUCAGUAAUGAAUUUCAUUAAUAAAAAAAAAGAACAGGAACACUU